AUGGCUGAGGACGACUAUUCUGCUUACCAGCCUCAUCCCAGCUCCAGGGGAAACUCAAGGCGACCGUCGAGGCGAUCCUCACCAGAGCAAAACACACACAAGGAGCCCACUUGUUACGCACCUGCACCAUCUGCUCAUCGAAACAAUUACUCUGACUCAUACGGUCCACCAACCGAUGCCGAUAAUUAUGGGCUAGCAGAAUACCAACACUUGCCACCCACAGAACCGAGUGGGGUGACUUAUGUCUACCCCGAUCCUGCCAUGCAGUCACACCCUGGAACGGGACCUCCUGCCAAUCCACACACUCAUGCAGACUUUGCUGCUUUUCAAGGAUAUCGAUCCGAUGAAGGCGCUCAUCGCGGAUUGGCUGGUAGAGGACCGGUAUACAACCUCGGGGAAAGACCGGAUUCUCAAAACAUUCAGGGUUUCUACCAUGGAAACUCUGAUCCUUCUGCUCUUAGACUUCACGAGUCCGACCCCCAUGGGUCUGGACCUGCUUUCAUGUUCACCGCUCCUUGCGAUGCAACCGAAAAUGAGCACGGGACUCCAUUCAGUAACCCCAGUCCUUCGCCUCGUCUCAGAGCUGUCGAUUACUCGCCGAGAACCGGGCUCCAGUCCUCCGGCUCAUCUGAAGAGAGGAGAAGACGCUCUCGCACACCCAGAAGGUAUUUUGGAAGCGGAACAAACCCGGAUCAACCCUUUGGUCUUUUCCUGAACGUACCGGGUAAAAUCGACUUUGAGAGAAUUACUAGGGACGAGACUAGAAGAGCCACACACGACGAACCGGCAGAGAAAGAUCCUCCGUACGCACCCAGCAACAAAGAACAUCCCUCACCCGACUCUAGACGCCCCAGUUCCCGAGGAAGCCAAUCUGACCUGUACCGUCGUUCUCCUUCAAGAGAUGGAAGAAGUACGGCAAGAUCGGCGGUAUCCUCAGAUGCAAUCUUUACGGUCGUGGAUGAACAUGGCCGAACACAUGUCAUACAAGUACCACGAGGCGAACAUAGCGAAGUCACUCUUCGGGGCUGUCUUAAUCCGUCCAGGUCAACCUCUGCUGUGAGCGGAGAAAGUGCCACGCAAAUGCAAGACGAUAAUAUUGGAAAGGAAAGAAAGACUGAUACGUGGGAGCCAGCAGGUCCUCCCAGUCCAGGGCUUUCUCAUGAGGGCAGUCAACAUCCUUAUAAGGCUGCCAGUGAUAGGGAAAACCCAUCAGGAAACCGACGUCGACGUGGCAGAUCUCCGGGUUUGGGAAGAAAGUCAGAAGAGCAGCAAUUUUCUGGGUUCCACCCACCCCAUGAUCGGGACAGUUACGGGAAGAACAAUUUCCCACUCGACCCUGGGCCUCUUGCUCCUCCCACAAACUCUCCUUCUGAGAGCGGGGGCAGAAAGGGUCGUCAGUCACAUGGGAGAGUGGACGAGAGCGAUCAAUCUAGCGAAAAUACCGACAAACCGUAUUCCGUGGAAUUAGAGCUGGCUAGCUCUUGGGUUCCCAAAUAA